UUCCGCUAAGAAUCAGAAGUUCUAAAACUAUUAGUCAAAAAAAAGCAGAUAAAAAAAAAUGGUCGCAUAUAAUAUAACACAAUAGUUACAGGCAACAUCAUUUGUAAUGUCUGAAUCCCUGCCAGCUUAUUAGUAAGAGGGAAAUUCUAUCAACACGGCAAUAUUCAUACGUGGAUGCCUGGUCGAUUUUACCUAGAUGUCUAGAUUUAGCAGAUCAUCAGCCUAAUUCCUUGAUAACUCGCGCAAUGCCACAAAUUAUCUCUAGUCGCCAUUAAGUUGGCAGUAUUUUUGCGAUAGGUAGCUUACUUGGAGUUAAAGGAAUAAAAACAAACUAUUUAAAUGUUUUUUUUUUAUGAUACGAGUAUUAUGUCUAAAAGUACUUAUAUCAAUAUUGGAAAUUCGAUUCAGUAAUUGAAAAAUAACCCAUAAUUUUUAUUAAAAGUAAUCAUUGGUAACAUAUUUACCAGAUAUUUUUCAACCCUAUCCAAUAAGCUGCGAGGUGAAUGUCAUAUUGAACAACUUUCACUCAGGGACCAACCCCGAAAUCGCUAUAAAUAUUUGAGGGAUAAUUCUAAAACUAAGUAGUCCUACAAAGGGACUAAUUAAUUCCACGGGAAUUUGUUCAGGGUGAUUUUAUUAUAAACCUUGCAGAGCCUAAGGGUUGAAAACUCUAAAGGCUUAGAAUUUCUCACACAUCCUACCACCUGGGCUCCUGCAUCCGAGUCAUUGGUGCGUGACGGCGGAGUGACAAAACCAGCGCGCGCGCCGAGCCGCGCGACACUCGACCAUGCGCCAUGCGGCCCGCCGCGCUGUUGCUGCUGCUGCUGGUCGCCUUCGGUGACACAGCGGACCGUGACACAACCGAACGUGAUACAACGGAACGUGACACAGCGGAACUUAGCGCUCUUGUGAAUAGCAGCGAUUCAAGGGCACUAAGCAGAGAACUCAGUGACAAAUUAGCUAAUGGAAGCUUUGUAGAUGAUGGUAAUUUUACGAUAUUGGAUGCCAAUGAUACGUUAUCAGAGCAUGAACCGAUAGUGAGGAAGAAGCGGACGUUUGGCGAUAUCGUGUUUAGAGGAUUGGCUGAUGCGCUUGGAUAUAAUGUUCAGAGGAAGCCUCCGCAAGCGGCGCCGUUUCCGCCCCCGUUGGCGCCUGUGCCUGGGAUUGACAUACCGCUAGCCGCGCCGGCCGCUGCCGCUGCUCCGCCGCCGUGUGGAGCUCCUAGAGCCGCGGCGCCACCUCCAUGCCGAGCUGUGGCUCCGCCGCCGCCUCCGCCUCCGCCUCCGCCACCGCCUCCGCCGCCGCCGCCGUGCCCGAAACCCAGAGCAGUGCCAAGACCUAAACCUAGACCACCACCACCGCCGCCACCACCACCACCACCGCCGCCACCACCACCUCCACCACCCUGUGCAAAACCAAGAGCGAACCCGACUACACCAUCUCCUUGUGCGCCUCCACCACCUCCGCCCCCACCGCCGCCGAAAGAUAAUCUCGAAACUAUAAAUUCCAACUUCCGUCUGCAAUUCAACUUUAACCGGCAGCCUGCAACUCCGGCCCCGCCUGCACCAGCGCCGGCAGCUGAAGAGUUCGAACAAGAAGAGGCACCAAUAGCCCCAGUAGCUAUAGAACCUCGGGCAGCGCGACUGCCAGCUGAACCGCCACGUCAACCGCGCGUUUUUGUCGAUGCGUUUGUCGUACGUAAUGGACAGCAGCAUAGAGUCCGCACCAUCGACGCCAACCAGGUUAAUCCUCGGACACUCGCCGGAGACGACUAUCUCGCUUAUGAUGACGAAGAAGAAGCCCCCGCGUAUGACGAUUAUGAAGAUGCUCAAGAGUCCCGAGAUGGAGUAAAAGCGGUUCAAGAAUUCGGGUCAGCAGUUGGCGCUUUUUGGGAGCAGAAACAGAAGCCUGCACCGAAAGUAGAGGUUAAGAAGAAGAAAAAGAAUAGGCUUCCCGCGAACGAUUACCGCAGUGUGCAUUUUGGAGACCGGGACUUGGCUGAGCAGAUACAAAGAAGAUCUGAUGAACGGGAACAACGCCAGAGACCAACCAAGGAGCGUCAGCGCCCCCAGAAAGUACCACUGCCUUUACCAGCAGAAGAAGGAGAAGACGAAGAAGAUUCGGAAUCGACCACGACAACUGAAAAUCCACAUCGCAAUCUACGACCGCGAGUUCUACCACCCACAGAGCAAAAUCCAGGCCAGAUUGACACGGUCACUGUGAGAGUACCACCGAUAUACAGGGAAAAACGGCCCAAGAAACUGAACCGAGGGAGGCCAGAAAGGCCAGACCGGGACGAGGAGAGCGUAGAGCAGUCGUCAGAGGAAGACAGCGAUAGUGAGAACUCUAUCCCGGCAGUACAGACUGAACCGCCUCGCCGUCGUCGCAAGAAGGCCCGUCGCAAUCGACGCUCAACCGACGAAGACGAUGAAGGCGAUUAUUCUGCAGGAGACUAUGAUUACUACGGGAACAAACGCAAAAUCUCUGACACUGAAAAACAUUUUAUGCAACUGACUGUUCCUCCACCUACAAAAGACGCCGACCUAGCCAGGCUUGAGGCUGCGCCCGGCGGUGAUUUCCUAGACGACCACGAACGGCUCCAGGAAGAUCCUGAAAGGAUCGGAGAAGACGAGCGGACAAAUGAGCACGGACGCUUCAAUAGGGACCAUGAACGUCUAGGUGAUGAUAAGGAGAGACUUGUCGAUGACAGGGACAGAGCAGACGAGUCUGAAAGGGCAGGGGAUGACGAGCGAGCGAGCGAAGAUGAGAGAGCCGAUGAGCAGGAACGAACCGAUAAGCUAAGUCCCAACGCGAGAGUGAGAGAGAGGGGCUAUGAAAGCAAGUUCCUGCGCGCGACCAAUGUGCAACAGGAUGACCCUUAUACGCACCAUCAUGCUAAGAGGAAACCUACACGCACCUAAGUCCCGUUAUGCUCGAGCCUAAUUUUCAAAUCACCAGAUUCCCAAUUUUUCCUGUUCUACGAGUAUCUCUAAAAAUCGGUGUUCUUGACGUAAAUUCUUAAGAAAUUGUCAAAAGCAGGCCAAAGACUGCAAAAUCUUAAAUGUCAAAAGCUUUCUUUUAGGUAUCUGGUUAUUUGGGAAAGGGCUUAGAAAGCACCUGCCAUAAUCCUUGUUAUUUAUUGUAUCGACUGAGUCGGGAACUAUACAUUCGAGUCGAAUGAUUCGACUAAAGACAUUAAACUGAUCCUCUGUCAACCAUAUAGCAAACAAUAUGUGGUCUACAGCGGGGCAUUCAAUGUCUUAGUUUGCUCAUUACACAAUUGUGAUUUCUAGUUAGUAAUUGCAUUGUUAAACAUUAUUUUUAUACUUAGUUAAUGUAAUUUAAGUUUCUUAAUAAACGUUACUAAAUCGA